AUCCCUACGCACCGAGUUUCUUUAGCGAUGCACCGGCCAUCGAGAUGAGCUUUCCUCGCGCCGCGCCCCUUCCCCGCUCUAUCUGUCUGGCUCUCGCGCGCCUCCCCGCUAUCUCUCCGUCCCACUCCCCGCGCCAUGCUGCGCGUUAACCACCCUCGCCCUUCGCGCCCCGCAUCCGGCGGGCGCCCUCUCUACACGCUUUUCCUCUUCACUUUUUUCACAGGCCUUUCCCCCGCAAUAUGCUCCGAAUGGAGCAGCUCCCGGUCCCCCGCACCUCGCGAGCCCCCCUCGGUGCUCGCGGACGAGGCCGAACUGUUGCGAGACGCUCCACUCUACCCCCCGCUUCGACCACACCCCGACGACCAAUAUGACCAGUACAACCAAUACGAGGACUUUGAAACCAACAUUGAGGAGAACAGCAUUCUGGUGACGCCGGAAGAUAUUAUCGCCACUCGUAAUAGUGACGAAAAUAACGACUGUAACGCUAACGCCAGUGAUGGUGACGACGUCAACGAGCCCAUAGAAAAGAACGAAGAUCGCACGAAAAGAAGCAGUGGCCAGGAGGAGGAGCACGGUUCAAAGACAUCGUUGAACCGUCGCGUGAAAACGGGUGACACAAUCCUGAACAUACGCGGCGCCGUCCGCGACGCAAUCGGCGACGCCAGCGCUUCGCCCGGCCCGCGCGCCUCCUCGAUCCUCGAUGCCUUCGUCAUCCGACCGCAUCCUGUGCUCAGGCUUCCACUGCAAGACGAGCCAUACGCUGCACCGUCUACGCAUGUGCCAAACUACGACCGCGAACUUCUUGUGAAAGCGCAUACCCAAGCUAGAAUUCUUUGCGAGCUCAACAACGUCACCAGUCUUCGAUGGUAUAAGGACAACGAGCAAAUAAAUGCAGCAUCUUCUGCGAGCGGCGGCGAGGCGCUGUGGCAAGAAGGAGAGGUGUUGGUGAUCGCGCGCGCGACGAGGGCGGAUGCGGCCACCUGGCGCUGUUCCGGACAAGACACAGCCGGGAAGACGAUCUCCGGGAAGCCUACGUAUCUACUUAUCUAUGAACCAGUUCGUUCAGUAUAUCUGUCAGUCGAUGGGAGGCGUCUGGACGCCGGGAACACGUGGAUACCCGUCAGGGAAAAGGCCAUCCUCGAGGUGCGCUGCGUCGCCGAAGGCGGAGUGCCUCCCCCGGAAAUGAGCUGGAAACUGAUCUCGCCCGAUGGCACGCUCGAUCCCCGCCCUUAUCUUCGCACGCAUUACACCAACCACUCCAUAGAGGGCAUGGCGUGGUCGCACGAGGAGAUGACAACGGCGCGUGAGCUGCACAACGCCUCGCUGAUAUGCUCAGCCGACCAACGGCAACCGAAGCAGUCGCAGCCCGCCCCCGCCGCUGCCGACGGCGCCCUCACGGCCAAACUCGAGAUCCGCGUCACUUACCCGCCGUCGUUCGUGAUCUCGCGCUGGCCGGGCUUCGGCGUGGCGCUGAUGGCGGGCGCGACGGCGGCGCUGCGCUGCGACGUCGACGCCAACCCGCCCGCGCGCGCCUGGUGGCUGCGCGACGACGCCCGCACUAACAGUUCUCCACCACCUGAUAACAACGCCGCGGAAGCACCAGGCACGGCAACGUUACGCUGGGCGGAGCUGCGCCCGACGCACGCCGGGUGGUACCGCUGCCGCGCCACGUGGCACGACACAGAGUACUCCUCUAUCGGGUACUACCUCAACGUGAUGCCGCCAAUGGAGGGCGUGCCGCCGCCCACGGCCCAGUCGGUCGAUGAGGAGCCAGAGCAUCAGAAGGUGGAAGUACCGUUGGGCGGAAAUGUUCAGUUGACCUGCCCCAAGGGCAGCGUGGGCUGCUGGUGGCGCCGCGUGGUGGGCAACGCCAGUGCCAGCGGGUGGCCGCCCGACGCACCCCAAGGCGGUUGGGCCCCCGCGGGCUCCCGGCACGCGCACGGCGUCUUAGGCAUCAAGGACGCGAUGUACCAGGAGGGAGGAGAGUACCACUGCAUCGGCGCGCGCGCACCCGAUGUUGACAGGAUACGGGAGCUCAAACGAGUCACGUUGAAAGUUACCGAUUUAUGAAAACUAUGCCGGAAGUGUACCUGCCAUCGACAUACUUUCAGCCGAAGGACGUCCUCCACUUCUAUGCAGAUCUCCUCGAAACAUCGCCACGAGGAGCGGUCUAGUGUCCCUUGAGUUACACAUUUUUAGACAAACUUGUACCUACCGGCGGGGACGAGCGUCAACUAAACUAAAAAAAUACUAUCGUAGGACGUAUAAAAAUACAGAAACUGUUCCCAAAUAGCUAAUCAUGCCUUAGGAAACGGUUAAUGCGAAACUGUAAUAAGACAGACCCGUAGACGUCGAGCUCGUUAAAAUUCAGGCCAGGCGUCGAUCUGAAACGCGCAGUAAAUCAAAUCAAAUCAAAAUAACCUUUAUUUCAUAGGUAAGCAUUAUUACACUUGAAAUCUCACAUUGGUUAAACUCUACCACUCAUUCGUAUGGCAGAUUCCCCUGGGAAGAAUGAGCAAGAAACUCUAGGGGUUGCUCUUUGUAAACGCAUUUAACAUUUACAAUAUAUAUACGAGUAUUUAUCUGCUUUCAAACAUAAAUCGAGACUAAAUCCAUAAGCUGAACGGGUUACUACCUCGGAUUUUUGUCAUGCCAGUACGCAUCUUAC